GAAAGUUAAAUUUAAAUAUAAAUUACUCUAAUACUAAUUGAAAACAGUGUCUAACUUUUCUUAACAAUUUGGUUCUACUACUUCUACUCUUUCCAUUCUCCGUACUCCUUUCAUUUUUUUUCUCCCCAAUUUUCUUUCCUAACAAAUAAUCUUGCUCUGCAAAACCGACGAGACGACACUCCAGUGUGAGAUGGGUUGGUUAUCUCGAUUCCUUACUGCGGUCACCUUCUUAGCGGUUGGAGUUAUAUUUUCACCGGAGAGCUUUGGAUCUAAGUCCGACAGUCACCAUUCACCAAAAAUUUUCACCUAUAUUAAAUUGGCUCAUCUUCUCUGCUUCUCCACCGCUUGGGGUGCAGCUCUAUGGGUCACCUUCAUCGGCGGUAUCAUCAUGUUCAAGAACCUUCCGAGGCAUCAAUUUGGUAAUUUGCAGAGCAAAAUGUUCCCUGCUUACUUCUCAAUGGUGGGUGUUUGUUGCGCAGUAUCAGUAGCUUCGUUUGGGUAUCUGCAUCCAUGGAAGACAUCAGCUACUACUGAGAAAUACCAACUCGGGUUUUUGCUAUCUGCAUUCGCCUUCAAUCUGACCAAUUUAUUUGUCUUUACACCCAUGACCAUUGAGAUGAUGAAGCAAAGACACAAAGUGGAAAGAGAAGAGAACAUUGGGGGUGAAGUUGGGUGGUCAAAGAAUGUGGAAGUUGCCAAGGUGAAUCCAAAGCUUGCAGCUAUGAACAAGAAAUUUGGGAUGAUUCACGGCUUGUCUUCUCUUGCUAAUAUCAUGUCCUUUGGCAGCCUUGCCAUGCACUCAUGGUACUUAGCAGGUAAGCUUAAUCUGUAGUGAAAUGCUUGUGUUUAUCUCUACGGUGGAAGAAGUUGUACUCUUGAUGAACAUGAAAUUCUCACGGAUAAUCAGUAUAUAUAUUUCCUGGAAAGCUUGUAUUCUGAUUGAACAAUUUAAACAAAAUCACGAGGUCCAUGAUAGUGGAAUGUAUAUGCUGUUGUUGUAAUAAGGAUGGACUUGAUGUGAUGAUUAUGCAGUGUAGUUUGCUUGCUUUAUAUCAAGUCUACAUAUUGAAAAAAAAAAAAAAAAAGAAUAAGGGUUGAACUA